AUGCUUCCAGAUAACAUCGCCAACAGCUACCGAGAGUAUAAAGCUGAUACCGAGAUCUUUGUUACGUGGCUUGUUGAAACUGCUAGUCGUUGUGGCUUCGUCCCUUCUACCACUGCGCCAGCGCAAGCUACUGCUGCAGCUACUGGUGGUCGACUCAAGGGAAAGCGCGCGCGGCUGAACCCCAAGUCAGCGGAGAAACCCCCCAAAAGGUUUGCGGUGCCACUCUACGCCAGCAGAGCCGCAGCUCGAGCAAUCCGCCAUCGCACCAAGUCGACGCUAUGGCACGAAAACCAGACUCAAAACGUAGAUGAAGACCUACAGCACGCAUUCGCUGCUAGCAACGAGGCACAUGCUACCUUCACGGGGACUUUAGAGUACGCACUUGAUCUACUGAAGCCUUUCAUCACUACUGGUAAAGCGAUACUCAAGCCCGAUGAGCAUAUAACGCCACCAUCCGUGAAUGGUUUGAACACCAGGUUCAGCUCGCUUGAAAUUGAAGAUCUGGCAGACCAGGAGCCGGAAAGUGGUGGACAGGCAGCCGCCACUGCCAAACCGGCACCAACUUCGAAGACGACAUACACUGUCGACAACCAAAAGGACGACUGUUUGAUCGCCAUGAGCAUGCUGAUGCGCGAUUAUAAUCAGAUCAAGGUCGUCAUCCAAACAACCUGGGCUCGUUAUUACCGGAAGGACACCGACCUUGUUUCGACUGCGGCAACGACUCAAGCGGCUAUGCAGAUGAUAAAGAGCUUAGUGCAUGAGUUUUCGCUUUCCUUCCCCGAGAUAAGAAACGUUGAGAGCUUUUGGCAUACGUUCUUCGCUGAUUCUGAGAUCUGCAAGACUAUGAGGAGAGAUACGGACGAGAUCCGAGCGAUGCAACACACACUUAGAGGGAAUGAAAGGCGCUGUGAAGUCAAGAUCCCGGAUGUCUUGCUGACCUAUGGAUGUCUGCAAUCUUACAUUUACAUCUGGGAUGUAUUGCAACACAUCGAGCCCUAUGUCGAUUCAGGGGAUGUUGCCUAUCUUACCUCCCCUGACCUCGCACAGGAUGUUGUCUCAAGUCAGAACCCUGGCCUAGUGCUGGAAGAUUAUCAGAACAUAUGGACUUCAGACCCAAUCUGGAACUCUCGCUUAGCGAGUGUCCGGCAAACCCAUGGUCACGACGAGACCUGGUCGCCGGAAACAUAUGAAAACCGCAACCACUCCGAUUGGGUCACCAUGAAUCCGUUCCUUGCUGGAACGAUCUCGUUUGUGGUCAUGCAUGCUGCUAAUGACCUACUCCUUCUUAUGCAGAACGGCAAUGGACUUGUACUGGGAUAUGCGCACCUUUACAACUUCCUUCAUAACGCCCAUAGCGCAAAUGAGGCAGAUUCGUCGGAGAAGUUAGUUACGAAAGAGUGGAAAGAUAUCGACAAUGCAAUUGCACUGCUUGGAGAGUCCGUUAUCUUCAUGGGCAGUAGACCGACAGCACUCGACCAGUGUACCAAUCGCCUGGUUCGCGCGCAUGGAAUAAAGGUGAGUGAUAUUGCGCGUACCAAUGGCCGUGGCAAGAAGAAGCAAAUUGUUCGUGUGGGUGGUAAAAUGAGCGUCCACAGCACUCCACUCAUCAACCUCCUCUUCUAG